UUCUAGUCCAUCACGACCAGACUCGAAACCUUUUCGCGACAGGGCUGCACUUGCGCGACCGCGCUCCCUGCAAACAAGAAGCAACGCCCAUCGCCAACAUGAACGGUGACGCUUAUCCCAGAGACUCUGGUAGAUCAGGUGGAUCGCGUGGUUAUUCCUCGCGAGACGAUCGUCGAGACGACCGCGAUGGGCGCCGUCGCCGUCGUUCAAGGUCACCUCAUCGCGGCUCUAGACGCGAUUACGAAGUUGACACUUACUCCUCGAGUCGAAACUAUCGUGAACGAGAACGCGAAGAUACGUAUGCCCGACGUGAACGCCGUGAUGACCGGGACUGGGGCGAUUCUUACUCAAGGCGCGAUAAUCCUCGACGAGACGAAGAUCGCGGCUACGGUCGCCGCGAUCGAGAUAACCAUGACGAUCGCAGUGGUCGGGGCAGGAGGGAUCGCGGCGACCGUGAUGGAGGAUUUGGUGGGCGAGACAGGAAGAAGUCAGCAUCUCCGCCAGCAAAGAAACGAGAACCAACUCCCGAUCUCACGGAUGUCACUUCAAUUCAGAAGCGUCAACGCCGAAUGACUCAGUGGGACAUCAAGCCAUCUGGCUAUGACAAUAUCACCGCCGAGCAAGCGAAGCUGUCCGGCAUGUUUCCCCUCCCAGGCGCUCCUCGCGCUGCACCCAUGGAUCCCACACGCCUCGCUGCGUUUAUCUCUCCUUCCGCAGGGUCGGCGACUGCUGCAGCACUUCAACCUUCAAAUGCCAAGCAGGCCAAGCGGCUUUUCGUCUACAACCUUCCGAGCAAUGCUACUUCGGACGCUCUUUCGAGUUUCUUCAACCUGCAACUGAAUGGGCUUAAUGUCGUGUCUGGUCCCGAUCCCUGCGUCUCUGCGCAGCUUUCAUCAGACAAAGAAUAUGGCUUGCUUGAAUUCAAGACGCCUGAAGAUGCGACCAUGGCAUUGGCAUUGGAUGGCAUAUCGAUGGAGGACGACGCAGGUGGGCCCGAUAGGUCAGGCCUCUCCAUUCGUCGACCCAAAGAUUACAUCGUCCCAACAAGCAGCGAGGAGAGCGAUUAUGUCGAAGGCCAAAUCUCAUCCAUUGUGUUGGAUAGUCCUAAUAAAUUGAGCAUCGGAAACAUCCCCACUUACGUUGAUGACGCUCAGAUCAGGGAGCUUCUCGAAGCAUUCGGUCCCUUGAAGUCAUUCAUAAUGGUGAAGGACACAAGUUCUGAUCAAAGCAGGGGGGUUGCCUUCUGCGAGUACGUGCAAACGGACACUAUGGGCCAGGUCAUAGAAGGUCUAAACACGAUCGCCCUCGGCGACACAAAUCUCAAAGUCCAACGCGCUUCGGUUGGUGUCACACAGGCAGCAGGUCUGGAUGGCGGUGUCGGCGCCAUCUCCAUGUUGGCUGGGUCCUCUGCAAGUGAGGGCCAAGAUGUCAGUCGUGUAGUGAUGCUCCUCAAUAUGGUCACCCACGACGAGCUGUUGGAUAGUGAGACCUACGAAGAAAUCAAGGAAGACGUUGAAGAAGAAUGUGGCAAGUAUGGCCAGAUUCUCGAAGUCAAAAUUCCCCGACCGACGGGCGCACGCGCCAACCCAGGGGUGGGCAAGAUCUUCAUCAAGUACGCAGAUUCCGACUCGGCUCAAAAAGCUAUCAAGGCCCUCGCAGGAAGGCAAUUUGCUAGCCGCACUGUUGUGGCUACACAGUUCUCUGAGGAGUCAUUCAGUGUUGAUGCUUGGUGAUUGGCAAACACAUAAAUGUAAGGUAUUUCGCGGCCGAGAGGCCAAAUUUUCCUACUUUCAUUUGGCCCUUUCUUCUUUCGACGUUUAGUCGUCCUGUACAUCAGCUUGAUUGGCUCUGGGGGCCGUAAACCAAAAUUCCAAGGAGGGAAAGAGUGGAUGAUGAGCGGGCAAACAUGGAGUGCCUUUCUGUAAACUAAUUUGGAAGUUCUGAAACUAUGGCGUUGAACAUCGCCACCUAUAUGAUUUAUUGAUCAAACAUUGCGAUUGCCAGUAGAAGAGCAAGCUUGAAGUAUGGUUAAAGCUGAUUAAAUAAUAAUGAGCGAACAUGACCAAUU